UCAACAAGGCAUCUGUUCCCUUCUCUUUCUCUCACAUAUAAAUAUAAAGCCCCUAACUUGUUUUCAUCUUCUCUCCUUCGCCACCAUCUUUCGUACUUUCUUUUCUCUUUACUUUUGCUUUCAAUAUUUUGGAAACUCUCAGACUUUGGAAUAUGAGUGAAGAAGAGUGGAUCAAAGAAGCGAUGGCCGAUUCCUUGUUGGUGGCAGAGGUAUUACUUAGCCUCGUCCAAGCGGAUCCUCCGCCACGGUUACCGCCGCAGGAGCAGUCAGCCAAGUACAACAGUGCUUCCUCCUCGGCUUUGCAACUCGAGUGGAGUGUCCGUCAACGUCGGUCUAAGCAGGCUCUUAGGAAGAAAGGUGAACAGGCACGAGCCAGCCCCUCCACACCGCUUUCUUGGAGCGGUGGCACGUCGGUUAGCGGAGGCGGUGGUGCCGACGGCUCCGAGGAGUCUAGCCGUCCUUCGAAGUCGGUUGAAAACGCUAGAUCUAAGGUUGCGGCUACAAACGAUACAACUCCUCCCAAGAGGUCUAGAAGGAAAAAGACAUUAGCUGAACUUAAAGAAGAGAUGAGUUCCCACUUGAAGGAAAAUAAGAGUUUGAAGAAUGAAUUGGAAAUGGUCAAGCUCAAAUUUGAGAAUCUGAGAGCUACAAAUGAAACUUGGAGCAGAAUGCUCCAAUUUGAAAAAGAGAGAGCCACGAAUGAAAGCUCUAAGAGAAUGAAGCUUGAUUAUCAAUCAGAUCAGGCGAGAGAAACAGCUAUGGCUUUUGUUGAACAAAAGAAUGCACUAUCAGACCUAUCCGAGCAAAGAGAAGCUGCUUGUCAUACUGCAAGUGUAGGGUGCAACGAAAAUGACCCCUACAUGCCUAAUGGAUCUUCUGAAGUACAGGAUACAGCAAAUUGCGAGACUUCUUUCAUGCUGCCAGAUCUGAAUCUUCCUGUUGAGGAUGAUUCAGGUUGUGAAGUUCUUCAUGGAAUUAGCUGAGAAGAUAUAUAUUGAUAUUCUUUUUCACCCCAAAGAUCGUCAGUGGAAUUUAUGGUUAAUAAUAAUACCUAAUAGUCCUAACCGCGCAUCCCCAUUUACUGUAAGUACUGAAAUCAAUUCCUUCACCGCAUCCCUAUUUUCUCUAAUGAAGGUAAUGAGGGCAGUGUCGAGAGGUCUUAACACAUUAGAAUUAGAUAGACUCAAAUUCUUUUGUUUGCAGGUUUCUAGCUUUGUCCGAAAUUCUUUUGGGGGCUAACCCUUAUCUCUUCUCGUCUUUUUUCUGGAAAUGUUUUAUAACUGAUAAUUAAUUGUAAUUAUUCUAUUGAUAACUGCAUGUUUGGGGUACUUAGAUAAUCGAAUUUAAUGGUCUUUUAUAUGAUGAUGACUACGUGUACUCAAUUGCUAUGAAAAUUGCUUCAAAGCUAUGUUAUUUGUAGACUUGAAAUUCGACCGUGGCGGGUGUUGCUACUGUUUCAUUGGUUUACUAGUUGCCGGUGUUUACCCCGGCUCUCUCUAUGGACACGCUGAAAGAUUGACUGGACCACUGGCGUAAGCGUGUCAAGUUAUUUGUGAGCUACUCGAUGAAUAUUCAAAAUUCCGACUUAUUUGUUGUUAAGAUGAACUUGAGCUAAUCAAUCAACUGGAUGAAUGAGGUUGAGUUUCGAAAUAUUUUAUUAGAAUGGUCUAUGAUUUUUAUCGAAUUUUUAAUAUUUAU